AUGUCUUCCAAAGGACACGCUCAUUCUUCUACUGUCGAAGUUGCGACCUCAACAAACACCACACCAACCACCAGUGGAAAAGGUCAUUCGGGUACUGCUGCUGCUGCAGGGGCAACUACUACUAAAGCCGCCGCCAAGAAAAAAGUUGACAAGAAUAUAGCUCCGACUAGGGAAUGGCAAGUUAUCGUCGGAAUUCUUUUUCUUCUUCUCCUUCUUAAUCUCUUUCGAAGGUAUCGUUCUAGACAUUCUGCGAAGAAACGUGCUCGAAAGACUACGAUCACUUCCGGCGGCUUUCAAGGAGUCGGUACCUCUUUCUCCGAGAAAGAUGCUCAAGAUGUGAAUGGCGGUUCGAGUGGGAAAGACAAUAGAGAGAGAGUGAUAGUUGAGAAGAAAAAACAAGGAGGUAUGGUGAUGGUGGGAAGAAGUGUUAUAGCCACCAUGGCGAUAUGGGAGAAAUGGAUGUAUGUUCGAACUCUUCCUAAGUGGUUAUUUGGGUGGAAAUCUUUGAGUGAGAUCGUUUGGACAGUCAUGUACUUUGCCAUCGCUUUAGGACUCGGGAUGAAAGAUAUCACUUUGAAACCUGUCAACUGGUCCAACCAAAUGGGUAUUCUGGCCUUUGCUCAAACUCCAUUAAUCGUCGGUCUCGCUUCGAAGAACAAUGUCAUUUCCUUCCUCACCGGUAUACCCUAUCAGCAUCUCAACUACUUACAUCGUGCCUCCGGUCGACUAGCCUUUGCAUGUUCUUGGGCCCAUAUGGCCGGCAGGAUCCAACAUGGUCUAAGGGGUAAAACAGACAUCCAUUCCAUGACGGUCCGACACGGGAUCGUCGCUAUCAUCUUUCUAACCCUCCUGUCCUCUUCAUCGCUACGAGUUAUCCGUAGACUGUGGUACGAACUCUUCAUCGUUUGUCAUAUUGUUUUCGCUUUUUUAUUCCUCCUCUUUGCUUGUCUGCAUUAUCCCGAAUACAUCCAUUGGGUUUGGCCAGCGUUCUUGCUUUGGGGUUUAGAUAGGAUAGUUUCCGGGCUGAGAAUGAUGAUCAACUCUCUUCCAAUCACUAUCACUUACUCUCUCACCUCGCUCCCUCGGGUACAAACCAAGAGCAGAGGUACCGCUACCGACUGUAUUGUCGAAUUGGUCGAUAAGGAUGUUCUUCGUAUCAGUGUUCCCAUGAGUCUUCCUUGGUCUCCUGGUCAACAUGCUUUCCUGUCCAUGCCAUCUAUUUCCAAGUGGAGGUUCUGGGAACAACACCCUCAUUCCAUUUCCAACCUAUGUGUCGGUCCCGAACCAAAAGCGGUCUUUAUAGUCCGGGCUCAUAAAGGAUUUACAGGUCGAUUGCGGGAUGCCAUCACCAGUGAUUCUUCUGUCGUUCUAGCGUUUGUCGAUGGACCAUAUGGGAAAUCACCAGUUCUGGGAGGGUACGACUCGAUAAUCCUUGUUGCUGGUGGGACAGGAAUCACUCACUGUCUUUCUCUAUUCCUUCACAUUGCCAUCAAUCAACCUGAUAGUCACGUCAAACUUAUUUGGAACGUACGACACGCUUCAUAUAUCGGUUGGCUAGCUCCUAUGCUUAACCAACACGUUGCUUCUUUCUCCUCAAAAGCCAAGAUUAUCGUACAUGUCACUAGAAGUCCUCUCAGUGCUGAAUUCGAAGACUUGCACGGAUUAUCGGAUACCAUAGCUGAUGGUAUGACGGAACUAUGGUAUCAUCAUGAUCAUCAACAUCAUCAGCAGCAUGUCACCUUGGACAAAACGACCUACGAUCCCAUAUCCCCGACAAAUGGUACAUCAGAAAAUGAUUCGGGUCCAAGUUCAGAAAACGCGACGAUUGAUGAAAAGGUUAUCCCUAGUCCGUCUAGUAGCAGUGUUCUACAGGUACAGACACCAGGAGUGAAUUCCUCGGACGAGAAGACCAACACGAUCGAAGCCGAAGUCAAAGUUGCCGUAAGACCGGAAUCGAGAAAGGCUUUCGGAUUAGAUGAAGCUACCAAACGACUGAUCACUUUCCGACCUGGUCGGGUGAAUAUGCACACGGUCUUGGCAGACGAGGUAGAACAUAUUGAAGGGAAGAUCAAUGUUACUGUAUGUGGACCAGAAGCAUUGAGCAGGGAUGUAAGAGAAGCGGUAAAGACAAUCACAACUGUCAAAGCGAUUUUGGGAGGUCAAGCCGUGGUUGAUGUACAUGAAGAGACGUUUGGAUGUCAUGAAUGGUGUCUAUUAGAAAGCAGUCAGCGAGUGAAAGUGACGGUCAAAAUCGAGGCCAAAGGAGCAUGGAACCUGGAGGAAGAUGACGAGACGGCCUUGACGGCGACGGAGAGAAACGACUGGGAAAUUCAGGCACGGAAAAAAGAGGAAUGGAACUCCCAGAGCACAUAG